AUGGUGACGGAGAUGGCGACGCGGGGGGAGCCGUGGCGGCGGCCGGAGGGGGAGCGGGACCGGGAGCUGGAGGAGGAGAUGGAGCUCUUCCGCAGCGGCUCCGCGCCGCCCACGGUCGAGGGCUCCGCGGGCGCGCUCCACGGCGCCGACGCCUUCCUCGACGACGACCUCCGGGCCGACCCGGCCUACCACUCCUACUACUACUCCAGCGGCAGCGUCAACCCGCGCCUCCCGCCGCCGCUGCUGUCCCGGGAGGACUGGCGGUCGGCGCAGCGGCUCCGCCCCGGCCCCGGCCCCGGUCUGGGCGGGAUCGGCGACGGGAGGAGGCCCGGCGGCGGCGGCGGCGGCGCGGGGGCGGGGCGGCCCGGAGACGGGCUCAUUGGGAUGCCUGGGCUCGAGAUUGGGAGGCAGAGCAGCUUCCCCGGUCUCUUUCAGGAUGACUCCUAUCAACAUGAUACAAGCAGGCAAGGUGCAAACCGCAAUAGUACUGACUUGUCGGGUUCUAGAAAUCGUUAUGGUCUUCAUCAGGAGUCUGGAGCUAUUGGUGGCCUACAAUAUGAUAGCAAAGCACCUCACCUGCCAGGCAAUCAGAAUCAUGAGUCGACACAUACAUAUGCAUCAAUUAUAGGGUCAUCACUCUCAAGAAGUGCAUCUCCUGACCCUGAGCUAGUGAGGAGAGUUCCUAGUCCUUGCCUUCCCCCGAUUGGUGUGAAACUUAGUGCUACCAGUAACCAGAACAAUGGUGGUUCAUCUUCUUUCAACCGCAACUCUCCCAGUAUUGGUGGAUCUGAUGAUCUAGUGUCUGCUUUAUCUGGUAUGAACCUGUCGUCAUCAAGGCCAGUCAAUGGACAUGCUGACCAAUCCAAGCUCCAUCAGGAUGUAGAUAGUGUUCGUAAAUUUCUCUAUGAACAAUACAUGGACCACAAACAUGGUAAUGGACAGCACUCCUACAUGAAACAUUCUGAACAAGGUCAUGUCAAGGGGCCUCAAGAAUAUUCUGGAGCUUCUAUGAAUUCUUCUAUUAUGAGGAAUCAGAUCAAUGCUGGUGGAUUCACAUCAUUUGACAACUCAUCCCUGGGGUCCGGCUUUUCUUCCCCAAGGAUUGGUUCCCGGUCGCCUGGUGGGAGUUUAUCUUCCAGACAUAAUUUAGCUAACCUUGCAAACUACAGUGGAAUUGGAAGUCCAACUGCGACAUCUGGUCAUCAGUUGCCUGUUGACCCUCUCUAUGCUCAAUUUCUUCGGGCAGCAGAAAUUGCUGCUUUUGCAGCCAACUGUGAGGACCCAUUGAUGGAGAGGGGUAACCUGGGAAGUUCUUACAUGGAUCUAUUUGGUCAUCAGAAUGAUUAUCUUGGUCCAUUGCUUCAGUCACAGAAGCAAUAUGACUAUUAUGGGAAUCUUGUGUCUGGUCUUGGUUAUGCUGGGAACUCUUUGACAAAUCCUGUUUUCCCCACUUCGCCAGGUGGACCUGGUAGUCCACUUAGGCAUGUGGAUCGCAGCAUGCGCUUUCAGUCCAGUAUGAGAAACUUUGGUGGUUCCUAUGGCUCCUGGAAUUCAGAUUUUGGUGGUAAGAUGAAUGCCAAUUUGGUUCCAUCACUUCUGGAAGAAUUCAAGAGCAACAAAAGCCGAUCAUAUGAGCUCUGUGAAAUUGCUGGCCAUGUUGUUGAGUUCAGUGCUGAUCAAUACGGGAGUCGGUUCAUACAGCAAAAGCUUGAAACUGCCAGCGUUGAAGAAAAAGACAUGGUUUUCGCUGAAAUCAUGCCUCAAGCUCUCACAUUGAUGACUGAUGUUUUUGGAAAUUAUGUUGUUCAGAAGUUUUUUGAGCAUGGGAGCACGGCUCAGAUAAAGGAGUUGGCUGAUCAGCUAAUCGGGCGAGUCUUGGCACUCAGCCUUCAAAUGUACGGUUGCCGAGUUAUACAGAAGGCCAUAGAAGUUGUUGAUUUAGGUCAGCAGACUAAAAUGGUUGCUGAGCUUGAUGGACAUGUGAUGCGCUGUGUACGUGAUCAAAAUGGUAACCACGUUAUACAGAAAUGCAUCGAAUGCAUCCCACAGAAUGUCAUCGAGUUCAUUGUUUCAACCUUCUAUGGCCAAGUUGUGGUGCUAUCGACUCAUCCAUAUGGAUGUCGGGUUAUACAGAGGGUGCUGGAGCACUGUGACGAUCCUAAAACCCAGCAAAUAAUGAUGGAUGAGGUCCUCCAGUCUGUUUGCUUGCUUGCUACAGACCAGUAUGGUAACUAUGUUGUGCAGCAUGUUAUGGAACACGGCAAACCCCAUGAGCGAUCUGCUAUCAUUGAGAAGUUGAUUGGGCAGAUUGUACAAAUGAGCCAGCAAAAGUUUGCCUCAAACGUCAUUGAGAAGUGUUUAUCCUUUGGGAAUCCUGUAGAACGCCAAAUCUUAAUUGGUGAAAUGCUUGGUUCCACGGAGGAAAGUGAACAUCUUGAGGUGAUGAUGAAAGAUCAGUUUGCAAACUACGUGGUACAGAAGGUGUUGGAGACCUGCGACGACCAGCAGAGGGAGGCGAUCCUCACGAGGAUCAAAGCUCAUCUUAACACGCUGAAGAAAUACACAUAUGGGAAGCACAUAGUGGCACGUGUGGAGAAGCUCGUCGCAGCCGGAGAAAAGCGACUCGGGCUCCAACCAUCCCGUGUGCUGCCUGAAGACUAA